AUGAACAACAACAAUCAGUUCUCACGGUUCAAUCUCUUCUUUCGUCUUACCUUCAUCAUUCUCCUUCAUCCUUUAUUUCUGCCAGUGCCGUUACUUCAGGGCGACUUCCGGUGUACUCCUUUGGGUUCUUGCAGACUGCAGCUGCAAGAAUUCAAAGGUACUACCCUACAGUCGCCCUUCAAACAUAGUUUCUCAAGGAUUUUGGAGACUUUGGAUGGCGCAGUGACAGCCACUCCUCCCUUUGAGCGCCCUCCUGGCAGUUCCCUAACGAUUAUACUUACGAAUUUCGGGACUUUGGAUGGCAGACUUUGGAUGGCGCAGUUAGAGCCACUCCUCCCUUUGAGCGCCUUCCAGUUCCUUAAACUAUUCUGCUUAUUGGAACUGGGGGUUGCGCAGUGCAUGCCACUUGAACUGGGGGUUGCGCAGUGCAUGCCACUUGUCAGUGGCUCCUGCUUCUUGAAAUUGGCGGUAGCGCAGUGCAUGCCACUUUGCAUGCCACUUGUUAGUGGCUCCUGCUUAUUGGGACUGGGGCUCAGCGCAGUGCAUGCCACUUGUCAGUGGCUCCUGCUUCUUGGAAUUGGCGGUAUCGCAGUGCAUGCCACUUCCUGCUCCAACUUUUUAAUGGUGACUGCUGAACCUGCCGGUACUUUUGUGUGGCAAGUGCUCUCUAGUUAA